AUGUCGAGCAAGCGCGCCAAGGGGAAGACGACGAAGAAGCGCCCCCAGAGGGCCACCUCCAACGUGUUCGCCAUGUUUGACCAGUCGCAGAUUCAGGAAUUCAAAGAAGCCUUCAACAUGAUUGACCAGAACAGAGACGGCUUCAUCGACAAAGAAGAUCUGCAUGAUAUGUUGGCCUCUUUGGGUAAAAACCCAUCUGAUGAAUACUUGGAGGGCAUGAUGAGCGAAGCACCGGGACCCAUCAACUUCACCAUGUUUCUCACCAUGUUUGGGGAAAGGCUCAAUGGCACCGACCCAGAAGACGUUAUCCGCAAUGCCUUUGCCUGUUUUGACGAGGAAGGUUCUGGUGUUAUCCACGAGGACCAUCUGAGGGAACUUCUUACCACCAUGGGCGACCGCUUCACCGACGAAGAAGUGGACGAGCUCUUCCGUGAGGCGCCCAUCGAUAAGAAGGGCAAUUUUAACUACGCCGAAUUCACCCGUAUUCUCAAACAUGGCGCUAAAGACAAGGAUGACGAGUAG